GGGAACCUUGAAAACCUCCGCACAAGUGCUCUCGAUUUAUCGGACAGUUCACAGUCUCUGUGUACAAGAACGUCACAAUGGCCGCUCAGAAAGGAAAGCAGGCGAAGCCUGCUAAGGUUUCCAAGGGCAAGAAGACUGCCGCUCCUCCCGCCCAGCUUGUCGCCGCGAUCUCUGCUUUCCUGAAAGAGUCUGGGUUCUCGAAGACGAAGGACGCUUUCGUUAAAGAGCUGGAUAACAAGUCGAUCGACUCCGAUGCGAAGAAUGUCCCGUCUCUACUCGAGCUUUUCCAGACCUGGGAGAGCCAGUCCCAGUCCUCCGAGAAGUCUUCCUCUAGCUCCUCGGACGAAUCCGGUUCUUCGAGCAGCGAGAGCGAGAGCGAGAGCAGUGACAGCAGCUCCGAUGAGUCCAGCAACUCCGACGUUGAGAUGGACGAUGCACCCAAGAAGCAGGCCAAGAGCUCUUCUUCCUCCUCCUCCUCUUCUUCCUCGUCAGACUCCGACAGCGACUCUGAUGAUGAGAAGGAGACUCCCGCCCCUGCUGCCAAGUCCCAGGGCACCAAGCGCAAGGCUGAGUCCAGCUCCUCCGAAUCCGACUCAGACUCCUCGUCCGACGAGGCUCCGAAGUCGAAGAAGACCAAGGUCGUUUCCGAGAAGGAAGAGUCAGAGUCGGAAGAGGAAGACUCUUCCUCCGAAUCUGAGUCUGAAUCGGACUCCUCCAGUGAUGAGUCUAGCUCAUCUUCGGACUCGGACUCUGAUUCUGACUCCGAUUCCGACUCCUCUGACGACGAAGACGACAAGAAGGCUCUGAAAACCGCCACCAAGACUCCUCUGCCCCCGUCCGAAUCCAGCUCCAGCGGCUCCCCUUCCUCUUCGGACGACUCCGACAGCUCUCCCCAGAACUCCGACAGCAGCGGAACCGUCAGCAACUCCGAACCUGUCCAGGAAACCUACUCCAGCAGCGCCAGCCCUGCCCCCGGUAAUGGUUUCCCCAAGAAGAAGCACGUCGGAGCUCGUCCCACCCCCCUGGCCGUGUUGAGUGAACUCCCCCACGACCACCCCUCGAACGAAUACAUCCCCUACGCCUACGCCGAAAACGCCUGGAAGGACCUGUCGGUCACCCGCGGCAAGGGCUUCACCAAGGAGAAGAACAAGAAGAAGCGUGGCUCCUACCGGGGUGGUCCGAUCGACAUCUCUGGCGGCAAGUCCUUCAAGUUCGAUGACUAGAUCUUUGCCUUCAAAUGAUCAAGUCUCCUUGAGUUUCUUCCACCCCCGCCCAUAUCCAACGAUGAUAUAAGGCCCGGGCCAAUCAUGCAUACCCACGACACCAUAUACUCGGGCAUGGUAAACAAAAGUUUCGGCACUUAUGAUUCCAUCCAUAGAUCUAUAUGCCAAAUUCUAGAUGGGUCCCUGAAUUAUUUUCUACAACAGCAAGGCGCUAAUGGAGCCCGGUCGGAUUGUUUCCUCUUCUGCUUUAUAUGUUUUUGUUCCCUUCGGCUGUAUCUACUAUCUACCUACCUACAUCAUCUAGAUUUCUAAGAGAGAUGUUGAACGUGUAUUCACCUUUCUUUCCAUAUAUUAUUUCAGUG